UGAAUGACAUUCUCAACUUUCGUGUAGACACGUCUUAAUUUUUAAAUUAUUUAUUAUUUUCGUAUAGCAAUUUUAAACCUGGCUGUCAUUCCAGCGCUACGAAAUUUUCGUCCUUCCUUUUCUCAAUCUUACGUAGAAUCCAACUCGGAACUAUGGCCGACUCAAGUUCAAAUGAGAAUACUUGCGUAGUGUGUUUCAAGAACGUUUUGUACUAUUCGAUUGGAGAAUGUGACCAUCCCGUAUGUUUCGAGUGUUCUACCCGAAUGCGGGUCCUUUGCCUGCAAAAUGAGUGCCCUAUCUGCCGGCAGGACCUUUCAAGGGUUGUAUUUACGGAUUCCAUCCAACCCUAUAAAGAGCUCCGCAACAGGGUGUUCUCCGACCGCCUCUUCGAGAGGCAGUAUAAGAUUGGGUUCUGUAACGAGGAAAUAAAGCAGGCUUAUGAGCGGUUGCUUGAAAACCGCUGCAAGAUCUGCGACAAGAUACCACCAUUUCGUACUUUCAGUAUGCUGAGUGACCAUAUGAGGAAGGUCCAUGAGAGAUACUUUUGUGAUCUCUGUGUUAAACAUUUAAAGAUAUUUACUAUGGAGAGAAAGUGCUAUACUCGUCAAGAGUUGGCCCAUCAUCGGCGGAGAGGUGAUGUGGAUGAUACAUCGCACAGGGGUCACCCUCUCUGUGAGUUUUGCGAGGAACGUUUCAUGGAUGCCGAUGAAUUAUACCGGCAUUUGCGUAAGGAACAUCUGUACUGCCACCUGUGCGACGCUGACGGACGCAACCUGUACUAUGCGUCCCAUCCGGCGCUCGCUCACCACUUCAGGACCGACCACUACCUUUGUGAGGAGGGAGAGUGCGCCGGACAACACUUGACUGCCGUCUUUAGAAGCGAAAUUGAUCUUAAAGCGCACAAGGCGACGGUGCACGGGCGAGGCAUGCCGCGCGGCGCGGCCCGCCAGGCGCGCACUCUAGAGCUACAGUUCAACAUCACGCCGCACCCCGUCGUGCAGAGGACGCCCAGGGAUAGAGACAGAGAGAACAGAGAUCGGAGAGAGCAAGAGCCGGUGCUAGCCCCGCCGCCGCCGACGGUGACGCAGGCGAACAUCGACACUGGGAGCGUGGAGCAGUUCCCGCGACUGUCAGCCGCUCCGGCCGCCCCAGGACUAGUACUGUCCGCUCCUACACGCGCUUAUAAAAGUGCAGAUGGUCUGCUGCGUAAUGACAAGAAUUUCCCAGCGCUCGAUGGCGCAGGGCCGUCGCGAGCUCCGAAGCCCGUCACUACACCUACCACCGUGGCUGCUACCAUCGUUAGAAAUAACAAGCCCAGCGUAUCAAUUCAGUUGCACAGCCAGCCGGCCAGCGCCAGCAACUUCCGACUGACGCAAACUAGUGGACAUCGCAUAUCCGUGCCGCCGCAGCAGAAGAAGCCGCCGGCCAUGAUGAACGAUGACGACUUCCCCUCGCUCGGCCUCGCCAGGGACGACCAUCCCAGCCUCGGCGCCGCCACCGUACAGGCGCCUAAAGUUGCUCUUAUCAACAGCCAAGAGAUGCAAGCACUCAAACAUAACCACGUCCAGUCCCAUCCAAAGAAAGCCCAGCUAAGCUCGGAAGCGUUCCCCGCGCUCUCGUCCACCGCGGCGCCCGUGGCCCCGCCGCAGUGGAUCACUGUGUCCAAGUCCAAAGACAAACAGAAGCCCAGCAAACCCGAGCCGCCCCCGCAGCCGCGCGAGCCCAACUUCAACCCCGUCGCAGACUUCCCCACGCUACCCGUCAAUGUAUCCAAGUCUAAGAAGAAGCAACAACCGCUGCAACAGCCGCCGCAACAACCGCCGCCACCUCAAAACACAAACGAUAACACUAAACUUAGCAAAAAGGAAAAGAAGAAACAAAAUAGUAAAAAGGAAAAUUUAUUGGACACUUAUAAUGUCAAUGGAACCAACGACAAGAAGCUGCUGAGGGAAUCGUACGCUUCCGUCAAUGCUAACAAUAAUAUUCAACCUGUGGAAGAUAAAAAGGUUAAGACCGUGGACACUGUACCCAGCGGUACAGUCAACCCGGAGCGGAAUAGAAACGGAGGCAAUGGAGAUUUUAGUUUAGCUGCCAAGGACUACCCGCCGCUCAGUUCUCGCAGCGAAAACUGUAUUCCGAGCAAGAAGGUGAUGAACGGGAGCGUCCCGCCGGGGUUCAAGCCGCGGCCGCCGUGCGACGGCAUGACGUUCACCAACUCGGCCGGCCAGACCUUCAGCGCGCCGCUGCACACCUACAUCCCGCCGCCCAACUUCGAGCACAGGAACCGCGCGCUCGUCAAGAAGUUCUCGGUGGCGCUCGGCGGAGACGCGGCCGUCGAGGACUUCAAGGUGGCCUCGCGCGCCUUCCGGGACUCGUCCAUCAGCGCCGAGCAGUUCCACGCGCACUGCCGCGCGGCGCUGGGCGCGCAGUGGGAGCAGGUGCUGCCGGAGCUGGUGGCGCUGCUGCCCGACAUCGCCAAGCAGCAGGAGCUGGUGGUGGCGCGGCCGCACCCCCUGGCCGUGUGCGCCGUCUGCGGCCAGCUGCUGCAGCCGCCCGACGCCGCGCCGCACCACGCGCACCACUGGCCCGCGCUGGCGCCGCGCUAGCCUGUACCAGCCCGGACCACACACUCGGCGGAGAUGGAAAGACUAUACCUCGGAGUUCAAUGUUAACAUUUGGAUUUAUUUGUACCUAUCUUUUGUACAUACCUAUCUAGUUAUUUCAUAGACGAUUGUUCCACGCGACGUAGAUCAUUGUAACCGUACUCAGUACAAUAUCGUAUCGCUAGCCUAAAUAUUCCUUUGACUGUGUAGUAUUAUGUGAUCAUAUAAAUCUACAGUAGCGCAAUUAAACACGCCGACAUGUGAUUUGUAAAAUGUAAAUGUUAUGAUGUAAAAUAUUAUUUCAAAGUUUAUUAUAUUUUUGUACGUUAAAUAGAACCGUUUCAUGAGUUUUGUGUAAAAUAUUUUUGUUGAUUAUUGAUAGUGUUUCAUUGCGAACCCUGUGCUAAAUUAUAUUUCAAAAUAUCAGUCCUUCUUAAUUUAAAAUAUUUGUGUAUGUAAUACAUUUCUUUACAUUGUAUAGAUACAAUGCUAAAAUUUUAUAAUGACGUAAAUGUACAUACUCUUAUACAUAAUUAUAUAUUGAAGUGGAAACUUUGUUUGAUAGAACCAUUGCUCUCUUUCCUUACAGCAAUUAUCAUUUCUAAUGGGAUAUAAAGUAUGUUAUGACUCAGUUAUAAAGAUCUCAACUUACAAGUUACAGUUAAAACGUUAAAAUAACGAAUUUAUAUUAGUGAAAUGAUGUCUGUUUUAUAUAAUAAACAGAAUUACAAACUUA